CUCGAAAUAAACCGCCAUCGCUUCUCAAGUUUCCACCAUUUUCGACCGGAAGCAAAAAUUGAUAAUAAACCACGAUGGAGCGAUAUUCCCACCGAGAAAUCCCACGAGCCCACCCGUCGGCGCAUCUGCUAUGCACGACAUGGCUAACUUUCGGCGUCAUCUCGAAAGAGGUGUUGGGCUUUGAAGCCCUCGCCGUUGUCAUACGUCAUCUCUACGCGCAUCUCCCCAUUUCCUAUUGGGACGACCUAGACAGCGAGCCUUUACUCCUCUUCCGAUUUGCGCGGUUGACGCCUGUGGACGCCAUAUGGGAGUUCGGAGGCGAGCUCAAGGAAAAAGCAAUAUUGGAGCUCUGCCCCGAUUGGCAGUCUGCCGCGGGAGCUGAGACGGCAAGUUUCUCACGCUUGAUCGAAAGCGAGAAGCUGAUCAGCCACUUCUGGUCUCGUAAGGAGUACUUACUAUUUAGCAGGAGUGUGAUCUCGAAGUCCCCAGGCGGCGCCGAGUGGAAGGAGAUCGCAACUCGCGACGUGGAGACCGUAGCUAAAGCCGGCUUGGUCCAGUACGACGGCACCACUCCGAUCAGCAGGGAGGUUAGCAGUCGAUUUGGAGAGUUCGCUAACGAGUCGUCAGGCCACAGAUAUCUCCAGGCAUCUACAUUCCCGGUCGUGAUUCGGGUCCUCUAUACCCCCGCCCCUACGGCGACUGCGCGCUUCAAGGAUCUCCAAACCGUAGUGCUGACCAGUCCCCAUCUCCAACGAGUAGACGGUGCGCAAGGCCAACCUCGGCUGCGCAAGCUCCAGGAUACAUAUUGCCUAAUCGCUUCUGUGAGACUGCGAGCAGAGCCCGCGAGCCCCGACUACGUGCGCACCUACGAUAUCAAGGGGACUUUUAUCAGACCGCCCGUCGCGGGGAACAACAUCGUAAAUGAAGAUUGGGAGUUGGGAGAGCAGGGUCACUCGUACAUGCUCUUCUACACGUUCGAACCGCGCGGGGUUGAGAGAUUUGAGCACCAAACCGAGAGGAUUAGAAUCUCGAACCGAAUGAGGACGGCUAUAGAGGGUAUGAAUAAGGCAGAGUUAGCAUACAGAGUAACACAGCAAGAAGUCGAAGAGGACGAAGAGGACGAGACAGAACUCUACGAGAGGGAAUCGCUAAUACCGAUGGCGAACUAUAAGGUCCCUGAAGACACACGGGAUGGUCCCGCUGUCGCGCCGGAUACCAGAAGAUUUGAGCCUCCGCAGCAAGUCGUUCCUUUCGAAUUUCCGAGGGUUCCUGCGUUCCCUCCGGUAAAUACGCAGACACGGGGCAAUAUGCCGGCGGAACCAGAUAUAGAAAACGAAUUUUCGGGCGUACACCCGGACCGUCUCCGGAACAUAAGACCCUCCCAAAGCUCGAGAGAAGAGCCGCAGACUCGAUUGCAAACGCCCAACCAAAGUUCCCAGGUUGGAUUCCAGUUCCCUAGUAUUGACAAUCAAAUGCCUUUUGCAAGGUCGCAGGGAAGCCGCACUACUUCUUCUCCCGAUCCUAGACGCAGAAGAUCGCCUUCUUCGCACGAAAGAGGUCGUGAUGAUGGAGGGAGCAAAAAGCCUAGAUCGUAUUGCUAAUGGCGGUUAAAGCUUUGAAC